UGAUGCGGAAUGCUCCGCGCGGAGAUGUGAAGCCGUUCGUCCCUCCCCCUCCUUUCUCAUCCGCACCGGACCGACUGCCUUUGGACCGAGUAGUCCUUCUACUUCAUCUUCUUCUUCUCCCCGGUGCAGGAGGCUACGAAGUGAAACGUGAGCGAGAGGAAUGCAGCAGGACUCUGCAGACAGGCGACAACUACUUGCGGCGUAGCUGUGGUACGCAGAGAAGGCCAUAUCGAUUAAUUAGCGGGCGUCACCUGGCGCUGUGACCUCGGGCAGACAUGGACUUCCCCGAUGAGCUCCUGCUGGCUGAGUUGAGUCACCUACAGCUCUACAACGACUCACUCUUUCAUAACAACUUUAGCAGCGGCGACAACGAGACAGACACCCUGCUGCCGACCAGCGUGAGGGCCACCAUUGUUGUGGUCUAUAUGAUCGUUUGUGUCAUCGGCCUGGUGGGGAACUUCCUGGUCAUGUAUGUCAUCAUAAGAUACACUAAAAUGAAGACAGCCACCAACAUCUACAUCUUCAACCUGGCUCUGGCCGACUCUUUAAUCCUCGCCACUUUACCAUUCCAGGGAACUGACGUGUUCCUGGGCUUUUGGCCGUUUGGAAAUGCCCUGUGCAAGGCGGUAAUAUCCAUCGACUACUACAACAUGUUCACCAGCAUCUUCACGCUGACAGUGUUGAGCAUAGACAGGUAUGUGGCUGUCUGCCACCCUGUCAAAGCUCUGGACAUGAGGACACCUCACAAGGCCAAGGUGGUGAAUAUCUGCGUGUGGGUGUUGGCUUCAGCCUUUGGCGUUCCGGCCAUGGUUGUGGGGAACGUUGAGGAGGAGCAUAACAGCAUCGAGUGCAUUGUCGUCCUACCAGGGCCUCCAGGUCACUGGGAUCCUGUCUUUGGCACUUGCGUCUUCCUCUUCUCCUUCCUCAUCCCUGUGGCCAUCAUCAGCAUUUGCUACAGCCUAAUGGUCAAGCGUCUACGCAGCGUUCGCAUCCUGUCUGGGUCAAAGGAGAAGGACCGCAAUUUGCGGCGCAUCACCCGGAUGGUUCUGGUGGUGGUGGCGGUAUUUGUGGUGUGCUGGACCCCCAUCCAGAUAAUGGUCCUAGCCCAGUCACUGGGCUUUAACUUGAGCAGCUUGUCUACGCAGGUCCUAAUGCAUUUAUGCAUUGCUAUGGGCUACGUUAACAGUAGCCUCAACCCGGUCCUCUACGCCUUCCUGGAUGAGAACUUCAAGCGCUGCUUUCGGGAAUUCUGCCAACCUUCGCCGUUCCGUCUCGACACUCAGCAGUCGGGUCGGAUGAGGAGCAUUGCUCGGGAAGUGGCAGCCGCGUACAGCUGCAAGGCUGAUGGCGGUGGGCCCGGUGGAGGGACUCCCAAUCCCGCGUGACUAGGCGUGGAGCUGCCCCUUGUGGGGGUUGACCACCCACAGAGGGGUGAGACUCCAGGGACGGGGAACUCCAACACAGAACUAACUCAGAUUACAGCUCUCUAGCGGCACGAACCCCCCCGCCCCCCAACUAUACGACUCGCCUGGGGUGGGGGGGAGUCUGAUGAGGACGAUGGAGCGGAAAGGAAAAGAAUUUGAGCCAGACUGUAGACUGGAAAAUAGGGAUGUGUUGAUAAACACACGAAACGGAUUUGGAAGUAUAGCAGCCAUUUCAAGUGAAAAUGGUGCUACAAUUAAGAGUGAAUAUAAUUCUUUGAAUGCUCCUUAAUUUAAAGAAGAUUACCGAAUGUGUCAGGAGACAAAACCCUGAAAGUUUUCAAUUUCUUUGUUAACAGGACUCACUGAUUGCAUGUAGAGUCACAGAGACGAUGACCGGACAGGUGUGAGGAUGACAUUCAAACCACUAAUAUGGUGCUUUAAGACGAUUGUAUAUUGACAGUUGCUGCAAAAGGACAACAAAGAAAAUAUUCAUUGGCUUGUGAAAGGAAAAAUGGUUUCUUGUAUAUUUAUCUUUUUAAUCACUAAUGCAGGGUUUCCCCCAGAGCCUGGUGGUUGAGAAGCCCAUCAGCAGCCCACUGUAUUUAAGGAAAAACAAUUACUAAUAAUAAUUAAAAAAUGGAUUAGUUGACAAGAAUUUUGAAAUUACAAAUAUUACCGUAUUGACCCGAAUAAAAGAUGGUGUGUUUUGCAUUGAAAUAAGAUUGAAAAAGAGGGGACCGUCUUAUAUUCGCGGUUUAGACAUUAUACCCAUUCGUGACGCUAGAUGGCGCCAGAUAUCAUUGAAGUGAUGUUCUGUCAUGACAGACCUCAGCUAAUCUCCCCAUUCACAACGCUAGAUGGCGCCAGAUAUCAUUGAAGCGAUGUUCUGUCAUGACAGACCUCAGCUAAUCUCAAGUUUAACCAGUUUGCAUUAUUUUAUUACAAUGUUUUUCCUUAUUCAGAUUUGUUUCAAGACUACAGUUACAGUUGGGCUUCACUUUGAUGGUUAAUGCAGUUAUUGCAAUUUUGUUGUUUUAUCACAACAGAUUGGUUUAUUUACAUUUCAAAAACCAGAAGCCAUUCAUUUACGAAUGUGAUUGCAUUUUAUUUUACAUAUUUAAAUGUUCAGAUAUUAAGAUUUGAAUGAGGCAAAAUAACAUGCUUUUUCUCUCAAAUCUAUUGUUAUAAUCGUUUGUAAUCACUGUAAUUAUUUUCUGUAUAAAAAUUAAUUUGGUAUUCAAAAAGUCUUUUUUUAAACUUGAGUCUUGAAAAAGAGGGGGUCGUCUUAUAAUCAGGGCCGUCAUAUACUCGGGCCAAUACGGUAUUUGCUUUUAUAAAGCAUUUACGAACAAUACCUAAUGUAGAGUUAAAAAUAAUAAUAAUAAUAACACAGUCUUGAAAUACACUUCUACCAAACAAACAAAAAUACAGUCCAAUUCAGUGUGAUAGCUGAGAUCUGCAACAGAUUUGUUCAUAUUGCCCAAAAGAUGCCAUCAUUGCGCUUUCAAAUGUAUCAUUAGAUGUGGUUAAAAUAUAUACUGUGUACUUUUUUGUGCUUUCUUUUAAGCAAUGUGGCAGUGGGGGACAAGAAAAGUCUGGCGUCCAUCCAGGUAUAUAAUCUGGGGGAAACCUUGCUAACUGGUCCACCAAAGUCAUAUGAUAAAGCCUCAGAUGGAGAUUUUAAGUUGGUUGUGAACAAAUAUGUACAGUAUACACAGUCAUGCCUGAAAUUCAUGGAUAAUUUUGGGCUCAACUAUAUAUCAGAGGUCUCAAACUCAAAUUAUCUGGGGGCCGUUGGAGAUUGGAGUCUGGGGUUGGUAUCCGCGCCCAUCUCUUAUAGAUAUAUAUGGCUCUGCUAGUUUACAUAUGUUAAGUCAUGAUGUAUUUUGUUGUAAUUCUUGAGCACUGUAACCAUCUCUGUACAUAUAACACACGCCCCUGUACAAAACAAACAAAUAUUUUGUCAAGUCACAAUGCCAAGAAGGUGACCACAAAAUACGGUCUCUUAGUUGGCUCCCAGGCCACAGGUUUGAGACCGCUGCUAUACACAGUAUAUGACAUAAGAUUUAGAGUCUCAAAACUUGAAACGAAUCAUAUGAAUGUGACUGUGGAUAUACUGUAUGUUUAGAAUCACUUAAGGAUUCAAUAAAUUGAAGCAGUUAUGAUGCAUUCCAGAAAAAUGGAAAUUCUAAGGUCUUAGACCUCCUAGAGGGAAAUGUGCAAUGGAAUGACAAAAGCCAAAGUGGGGGAAUUAAUUGAAUUUCCAUACUUUGUCAUAACAUGGUGUAAAUGUAAAAAGCUAUAUCAAUCUUGUUUACUUCUACUUGAGAUUGUUAUUAAUAGUUUUUUUGCUGUUUUGCAUGUAAUUUGGUGUUCAGAUACGUUCCUAUACAGUUAUCCCUUGCUACCUCGCGCCCUCAGUCCAUCGUGGAUUUUUUUUUUCUCAAUUAAAUAAAUAAAUAAAUAAAUAGAGAUAAGCCGUCCAAAUCCGAUACGUCGUUGCGCUCUCCCUCCUGCCGCGUGUCUUGAUCAGGCAGAGUUUAUUAUGAUUAAAGUUAACGAUGAUUGACAGACAUUAAGGUUUGACAUUGCCAGAGAUGCUUGGAAGUGGAAACUUCAAAGUGGCGUAUGCGUCAACCAUCGUUAAACUUGUUAAACAGUUGCUGUGGCAACUCAUUGUGUGUAAGUGAGCAACUUGAGCGGAUUUGAGUGGACCAAGCAUUUUUUUUACUUUAUCCUUGUUUAAAAAUAGUUCGGUGGGACAGUAACAUGUUUAAUACUCAUAAAUCACUCAUAAAAUAUAAUUAUUACAUUUUGAAGUGCUUAAAAAACAUUUAUAAAUGUAAAUAUAUACAGUACUGUGCAAAAGUUUUAGGCAGGACACCUGGCUAAAACUUUUGCACAGUACUGUAUAUAUAUUUUUUAAAUUAUUAAAUUUAUUAGGAUCAUGGAAGCUUCCACUUGGGGAAAAUAUAUACAUACAGUAUAUCCUGUAUAUACAUAAUAUAAUAAAAAUAUGCAAAAAAUGUGCAAAAGGCAGGACACCUGCCUAAAACUUUUGCACAGUACUGUAUAUUAGGGCUGUCGAAAUUAUCGCGUUAACGGGCGGUAAUUAAUUUUUUAAAUUAAUCACACUAAAAUAUUUGACGCAAUUAACGCACAUGCCCCGGUCAAACAGAUUAAAAUGACAGCACAGUGUCAUGUCCACUUAUUACAUGUGUUUUUUGGUGUUUUGUCGCCCUCUGCUGGCGCUUGGGUGCAACUGAUUUUAUGGGUUUCAGCACCAUGAGCACUGUGUAAUUAUUGACAUCAACAAUGGCGAGCUACUAGUUUAUUUUUUGAAUGAAAAUUUUACAAAUUUUAUUAAAACGAAAACAUUAAUAGGGGUUUCAAUAUAAAAUAUCUAAAACUUGUGCUAAUAUUUAUCUUUUAAGAACUACAAGUCUU